GUCUAUCUACUGUCAAAUUAACAAAAUUUUCCACAAUUUCCAUCGCAAGUCAAGUUUGCGUAUUUUUUCUUAGUUUUUCCCUAGAAGUAAAAUCGAGUGAUUUCAUUACAUGAUACUUUACGUAAAUAUUCUGUUAUUAGUAUCGGUUAAAGGACAGUUUGCUGAGAAAAUUUUCAUUCUUCCGCGUUUUUAUCUAAAAUGAACUGACCGCUAUUAGGAUUAGCAAUUGCCUCCAUGUUAAUUUUCAACCUCCUGCAUUUCCUCCGGAUUAUCUCUUCCGCAUGAAAGUAAGCAAUUUUAGUUCGGAAAAAUGAGCACGAAGGACAAGGAGAACACCUUGAAUAAGUUGAAACAAUUUUUUCGCAUCUCAAGAUCUAGCGGAGCUACCCACCGCGACAGAAACUAUUUUCCUAUAUCGCCGGAAUUAGAACGAGAGCUUCAGCCCGAAACUCCAGUAGGCCAACGGUGCAAAGCGUUGAAAGAUUUUAGUGAAGAUGUAAUCAAGUACCGGCUGGAAGCGGACUCUGUUCAGCUAUUAUGGCAGUUAACGAAAGAUUUGAUAGUGGCCAAUAAAUCUACCGAGCAGCGCCAUGUUGCCCUAAGUUUUUACUGCAAGCUGAUUCAAGGACAGUACGACAAUUUGAAACUUAUGAGGGCACAAUUUUUUCGUGUGAUUGUGUCGCAUGAAGAACCCGAAGAUAUCGCUUAUCGUUUGGAAAUGCUGAAAAGUCUUACUGAGAAUGGGAAAAACAUUCAAUAUUUUGAAAAGGAGAUUGGUUCUUUUUUGGUUUCGUGGAUCCCUCAAAUUGAUCAGGCUGGGCUUAUUGUUCCACUGUUGGAUUUGAUCGUAAAUCUAGUGAAGUACAAUGCCGCUAGCUUGGAGAAAAAUUUUCUGGUUGGAGUGGUGAACUAUAUAUUCGACAUUACGUGUAAGGUGGAAGAUACUCAGACCAUUUUACUAUGUUUGUCGGUGUUGGACUGCUUCAUAUGUUAUGCCAUCAUACCGAACGAAACGCUGACGCUGUUUAUCGUUAUUCUUUGCCGGACGGUAAACCGAGAAGCGUACUGUCAGACCUCGUGGAAAAUUAUGAAGAAUCUUUUCGGAACUGCGUUGGGCCACGCGACUCUAUUGACGAUGUGUAAUAUUUUAAACGAUAAAACGUUCUAUCCGGAUGAGGCACUGCUGCGGGGUGCUAUAUUUCACACCAACGUAGGACUGUGGGGUGUAAGCGGGUGCCCGGUACCGAUAUUGAACUGUUCACCGUCGAUUGUUCUGAACAGUUUUUGGAAUGCACUAAAAAGUGAGCAUGUGGUUGUGACCUACGAAGUCAUUCUCAGCAUACACCGGUUAAUUCAGAAAAGUGGCGCAGAGCUGAAUGAACCAACGUGGGAUAUAAUUUGUGACAUUAUGACCGAGAUCUCGUACAAUUUAUCCAAACACAAACUACCGCUCGAGAAUAAUGUGGUGAAGCACUUUCACGAGACGCUGGAUCUGAUAGAGGAGCUGCUUCAGCGAAACGACAUUAACGCCGACCCGGAGAAAAUCUACGGAUUAAUCGAGAAGGUGUCUAACGAGCGUCCAGAAUGCUCAGUAAAAAGACUGAUCGAGUACAUGACAAUGAAGAUUUCGGCUACACGGCCCCAGUGGUUGCUGGAGCUCUGUUCUUUUAUGGACCGUUUCUAUAAGAUGAAAAACACGAUGAUUCGUGUGUAUGCUGUUCAGGCUUUGGUCCGAGUUAUGCAAUUGAACCGGGCAGCAUACGAGGAGGAAAUCUUGGAGCGUAUUGUAAUGGUACAUUUUGCAGGUGUGGUUCACGAAACCGAUCUAGAAGUAAGAACCGCCGUUGCAAAAGCAUUGAUUGAGUUUAUAUUACACUGCGACACCAAGCGAUGCUUCGAGCUACUUGAAAUCGUUGGUAAAAUGUUACAACGCCCCUAUGAUUUACACGUUAAAACUAUUAUAAACUCAGUCAGAGAUGUAGAGGAUAUUAUAGUACUUGUUGAUGGACUGAUUCGAAUUUUCGGUGUUAAACUUUACCGUCUACCGUCAACACAUGCGAUUAAAACAUACCAUUUGCUUAUGCGUGCAAUGGAAGCUCAUUACGAAAAUCCGGUUGUGUUUCAGAAUGUGAAUAUUGUAAGAAUGAAAAUCUUUUCUUGGAUGAUGAAAGCGCGAGCAAAUGCUUCAUUUCAUGUAGGUUAUCCCGAUCCUGUCAACGCAAACAAGAUACGGUUCAGCUAUUAUUUGGGAAUUGAGGGGCCAUACCAGCAUCAAAGCAUGCAGCCACAGCAGAUAUCCAGCGGGUCUCAACAAGCUCCGUCUAACAGUCAGUUGAAUCUAACGCAACAAGAUGCUGUGAAGGCUAAUGAAGUGGCCGCUGCUAGUAAUUUGACAACAAUUUCCAUCAAGCGCGGUUGUCAAAUUAUCGUAAUCUGUCUUAAUGAGGAAAGAGAUUGGCAGGUCAUUCAGCAGGUUCUUAGUGAACUUCCGAACAUCAUGGAAAAUAAAGCCUUAAUACAAGGCAACGAUGUGGAUUCAUUGGCCAAAACAUUGUUUAGAAUUUACAAUGACCGAACGUCGCUAGUGGAGAAACAUUUCUUUUACCCACACAAACCAACUCAAUCCGACAUUCAGGACUUAGUUCUACCAGCAUUGGCCAGUCUUGCUACGUAUCACCAACAUUUGGAGUUUUCAACGAAAAAGAGUAUUAUCGAGGCCCUCAAACAGGGAUUAAUCUCAAGAAGACCGCAGGUUUGCAUUCAGACAUUAACGGUUCUGCUGCUCGAAAUGCCAGAUCCUUUGGUUUCGAAGUUAACCGAUGUCUUGUUUGAACUGAGCAAAAUGGCCAAUACAACGACUGUCGCAAUUCCGGUGCUGGAGUUUCUCUCCACACUAAGCCAUCUACCGAAUGAUCGAAUCGCAAAUCUCCGUGUUUUGGAGCACAUGUACGUAGUGGCCAUGUCCUUUCCGUACACAAACCCAUAUCGUUACGAUCACUAUACCGUAUCACUGGCUCACCACGUCAUUGCUGGUUGGUUCCUUAAAUGUCGAUUGCCAAUGCGUAAAAAUCUUGUCGACUACAUUGUGAAAGGUCUUGAAUCGUACAUUCACACCCCCUUUCAGGAUGUUUCAAAACCACGAGCUGAUUUUUCUCAAAUCAAUGAAGAUUCAUCGAAUCGCAAACGUAGUUCAAGCUUAACCGAACAAAGCUCGAAGCGUAGAGGUGCGGGCGAUCGUAAUUCGAUACAACAACAAUCCUCUCAGCGUUCUUCAAAGCCAAACAAUGAUCUUUACAUCUUUCACUCUGAGUUGGCUGAAACUUGCAUUGACUUUAUGGCCAACCAUACGUUUUCACCAUGUGGGGGAAUGUCGAAAAGGAGCCCGGCUGCUGAAUUUCUCCUUAGAGGAGGUCAAUCCAACACCUGGCUAGUGGGUCACAAUCUAAUCACAAUCACCACCAGCGGUUGUUCAGCGGUACCGUUGCGUAAUGGAUUGUGCGAUCGUUGUUAUCAGAUGUGCAAAGAGCACAGCACCAAAUCCGAACCGAGCACUGUUAGCACCGGUUUGCCACCGAUGUCCCCUGAAUCCAGCUUUGCCUCCAAUAAGGACUCGGGCGUCGUAGUCCCGGGUAGCAGCACUGUCACUGCCGCCGAAAAUCAACCAAUCAACAAAAGGUAUACCAAAGCAAGUUUGCAACAUAGUAGCAGUGCAAACGAAUCGGACAGUACAGAACUGACAAGUUCGACAUCUUCCUCGACGGCCGCGACACCUUUUCCUCAUGUGGCAUCAACGACUGUCGCAAACAACCGUUUCUUCCGCCAAGGAUCUCAGGAAGGAUACUCAUCGGGUUCCUUAGAGACGUUGUCCCGACGUGGCAGUAACCCAGAUGUAAUCGCCGAUCAUGCGACGUCCACAGCUAGCACAGAUCAUCAGCAGCCGCAAACGAAUUUAGCUGUCGCUCGAUCAGAAUCCGCAUUGAUAACAACGCUUGGCAAUAAGUUGAUACUACCGCAGCACCAACAACAAUCCCAGCAACAGGCUGGCGUGACUGUUGGGGGAGUCGGUGGUAGUGGUGUUUCGGCAGCUGCUGGCCUGAUGGACAAACCAAUUCAACUUUGUGCUUGUUCGUGUACAGGAUGGGCCGAAAUUUGCAUUCGCCGUCCAACUGGUGUAUUAUCUUGGAUGAUGCGGGUACAAAACCAACUCAUUUAUGAUUCUGCCAUGGGGGAAUUUCCACUGCAGGAUCUGACAGCCCUGUUUAUUCCUAGUUUGGGUGGUGGCAUAGUGGGUGUUGAUUUCCUAGGGAAAAUUGGACGGAAUCCGUCCAACGGGAAUUUAAGUAUCCCAGUUACUGCGGGAGUUUCGACAGCUAGUUUGUUUAACGAGGAAGCCGAUCUGAUUGUCAAUUCAGUGCAAUCUGGACAAUCCAACCCUUCUGUUCCGAAAGCGAAAGUAUCUAUAUCUGACGAGGUGUUUGAGAUUCGAAAAAAAGAAGAUGAAUGUAGUGAUGUGGGAGAGGAAGAUAUGUCCGGCGAAUUGGGAGCUGAUCGGGUGUCAAGUACCGGACCAAUUGAUAUUCCUCGGCCGAGUAAAAAUGAUGAUACGGAUGAGCCUGUAGAGCAGAAAGAUGAAGAAGACGAUCCUGAUGUCGAAUUCGACGGACCUGAGGGAAGAUCACGAAAUCCAGUUCGAAGGGUGAAUUCAAGUCCUGAAAUGACUUCUAACUGGAAAGGACAAUUUAUAAGUAAAGCGACCAAGGAUGUUUCCGCUGGCCCAGCAGUGCAGGCAAUAGAAAGCUUUGAAUCAGUUCCAGAAAGUGAGGGACAACAAAAGAAAAAGAACUACGGAAAAGGUGUUAGUUGUGAGGCUAUUCCUGAAGAAAUCGCAGGAUGUACUCCACCCAGUGGGCCAAAAACAACAGUUUCAAGUGAAUCGAACGAAAGUCUUACAGUCCGUGCGUCGGGUAAUGUUAAGCAGCAAGCCGAUUUUACUACUUCGGGUGCAACGCUGCACCCUUCGGCAUCACUACCUGAGUCAUCCGGAUCAGAGAAUACUAGUACGGUAAUUCCAAGAAAACAACAUUCAGCGGACGAUGCUAUCUCCUCCCGAAUGGAGCCUACCAGCUCUUCAACUGAAGCAAUUGCGUCUCCUGCAAUGACGCAACCAAUCGUUCAAACUUUAUCAUCAACCUCAUUGAAUCUUAAACUUCCCAUGGAAAAGGUAACUACUAAACCGCCUCAAUCUCCGGCUCCUUUAUCGCCUCGCCUAUUGGCUCGAAAUCCUAUAAACGGUAAGCUUCAUUCAAGCUCUGGCACAGCCUCACCUUCAUUCACUGCGAUGUCCGGAGGUGGGAUGCAUUCCAACGAGAAUGAUAUUCCCAGAGGUCGAUCGAAAACCAUUUCCGUCGCUCGUGAACAUUACAGUAGAGAUAAUCUAAAAUGGGGACUGAACAAAAAUACUAACGCUGCUAGGUUCCGUGGAGAACAAUCCAGCGGCGGUGCAGCCUCUCGAUCGGUCAUUAGUCCUAGUUUCGUUUUUCUUCAAUUGUACCAUAGCGGUCAAUUCAACUCAACGGAUAAACCAAUUCUCAUGGACAAAGAAACGAGUGAUAAAUCGAUACAUCUGCUCGAUUUGAUUGCACCCUUUGAAAAGCACAAGAUAGGUGUUCUGUACGUUGGGGCAGGUCAGGUUGGCUGCGAAACAGACAUACUGAAAAAUCGCUACGGCAGUUUGCGAUAUGCGAAGUUCCUUCAAAAACUGGGUACACUGGUUGCAAUAAAGGAAGCCAAAGAGCACAAUUUUUUUAUCGAUUUAGAGUGCAGUGGAAAAGACGGCAACUUUACUUACAUCUGGCAGGACGAUAUAGUCCAGGUGACGUUCCAUGUAGCAACUCUAAUGCCAAACCACAAGCACGAUCCGAAUUGUAAUGAGAAGAAAAAGCACAUCGGAAACGACUUUGUGUCCAUUGUGUACAACGAGAGUGGAGAGGAGUACGAUCUGAAAACUAUCAAGGCGCAAUUCAACUAUGCAUGUGUUGUCAUCGAGCCAAUGGAACUGGAAAGCAACCGUGUCUUUGUACUCGCUAAAACCGAUAUAUCCCAGCACGUGUGUAGCAAGCCAAAAGUUGUAUCCGACUCAAGCGCACCUCUACUCGCUCGACAGAUGGCGCUACACGCCAAUCUGGCGUCAAUGGUUUCGCAAUCAUUGAAAACGAAAAACCAGAACCCGUACGCAUCAAACUGGUUGGAGCGGUUGCGAAAAAUUAAAAAUAUACGUGCAAAAAUGAAAGGCUUCGAGUCACAUGACCAACCUGGAAGUGGUAGCCGGUCUGCUGGCGGAAGUGUUGGAUCGGCUCAAGAUCUCAGUACACCUUCGACCACACGUGGUGACGAUUUUACCAUGUAUACUCAAUAGCGUAAUCAAUCGCAUUUCGAGCUGGGUUGAGCCUGUCGUUGUAAGGAGUCAGCAGUCACGCUACAAACUAUCGUUGGCGAUCAUGAUGGGUAGGCUCCAACAGGAAUAUGUUCAUAGAACAAAAGCUAAAAUAAACAUUGAAAAUAGUUAA